AUGCUGGUAACCUAUUUGGAAGCCAGCCGGGACCUUUGCGAGACGGACUCAGUUCUUUUUGGCGCCGCAGUGGCAGCUUGCCGUAUUAUUGGCGCCAGACUUCCCAUGGCUGGACGCGCUACUAAACAAAGUAGCGCCAUCCCAGCCUGGAGAAAAAGAAUUGAGGACCGUAUCGCAAAGGCAAGGGCCCUUAUCGGCAGACUGAUAAGCUUCAGGUCGGGUAAUAAUAGACCAAGGGUUGUGCGCACCGUUAGAAUGGCGUUUGGUGGGACAAAUAUCAGUUUGUCCCAGCCGGAUAUCACGCAGAAACUAACGGAGCGCAUAGACGACCUGAAGCAAAAGAUUGCUGCUUGGGCGAAGCGAAUUCGCCGAUUUACUGAGAGUUCUAGGCGGUUCAACCAGAAUCGUCUCUUCCAGAGUGAUCAGAAGAGGCUCUACAAAUCAUUGGAGCGACCAGAGGUAUGUGGAGCGGGCCGAGGACCGGACCAGGCUAGCACUGUCGCAUUUUGGCAUGGCCUGUGGUCAGAGCCCGUAAACCACCGCGAGGGCCCUUGGACGGAAGUUGUGGCGAGUCAGUGUGCGAGGAUUACGCCCAUGGACCCCGUCAUCAUAACGCCGGAUAACGUAGCUGAGGCGGUCCGUAGAGCCCCGAACUGGAAAAAGUCCGGGACUCGAAGGACUGCAUCACUACUGGCUGAAGGGGUUCAUGGUGUGUCACGCUGUGCUCGCCCGUCAGUUUCAAGAGGCUCUCAACCGGAAGUCGCUCCCUAG